UGUUUCGGGAUUUGUUUUUCAUUAUGGCAUAUUAUUCUUUAAUGCUUGUAUUACUAAUCAGUUAAUUUAAUUAUGGUCAUUAUUUUACUGCAGUAAGAAGUAUGAAUACCUCAAACGUCAGCACCGACCACCAUUUCAUGGACCUCAUUCAAAGAGAGCGAUUGGCAAGACUUCCAUACGGAGUGAUUGUACUGCUCUGUUGUUUGAUUGGUAUCCUAGGUAACAGUCACGUGAUCCACAUCUUCCGGCGAAUGCCGAGAAAGAUGACACCCUCAGAAGCCGUCAUCUUUAAUUUGGCUCUCUUUGAUUUGAUAACCUUGGUUUUGUUUGUAGCGAAAGAAUAUGAAAGACUGAGAUUUGUUUUGUACAAUAGAUUUGAGAUUAUAUGUAAAAUCACUAAUUAUGUCGGCUUCACUACCGGUCUUGCGUCCUCAUUGUAUGUUCUAGUCUUAUCCGUGUAUAGGCAUCAGCGACUGUACAACCCAAGAAGCGCGCAGACGACAGUUACACGGAUUAUUAUAAAGCUGAUUGCCUGUUUUAUUAUCUCAGCGAUUCUUAGCAUUCCUGUUCCUUUCGUUGUUGGUUUUCAGAAGUUCUACGUGGAAGAUUUUCAAGUAAACAGAUGCUGGAUAGCUGAGGACCAGGUGAUUGCGUCACUUCCCGAGGGUUAUAAUAUAUUCUUACUUGCAUUAUCAUGUAUAAACUGUUGUAUCAUAUGUGUUUGUAAUAUACGGAUUGCCAAGGUUUUACAUCAGUCGAAACUUACAAUCAAAAAUAAAGUGGGUGCGUCAGAAAUGACCACAUGUAACUUGGCCAAAACAGACAUAACUGAACAUGAUGUAAUGAAAAACGUCACCGAGGAAAAAAUAUCAAAAGGCGAAAACGGUAAGCAAAAUGUAGAUGAUGUCACCUCUGAUUCAACUAGUAAGAAAAAUAAACAAGAAGAUGGAACUGCAAAAUCACCAUCUACAACUGGCACCAAGGGGUCAAACGCCAUAGACGUUAAAGAUGGCGGUGAGGAUGUUUCUAAAACUAUUGCCAAAGACACUGAAGAUGUUUCAAAUGCCAUUGCAAAAGACGUAGCUAAUAGCGGGGAUGAUGUAUCUAAGGCUAUUGCCAAAGACGUUGAAGAUAGCGGAGAGGAUGUUUCUAAAGCUAUCUCAUUCACUAUAACGAUUCUCCUUGUCACGAUUACUAUUAUGAUUAGUUACAUACUGUUUCUGAGUCUUUACAUGUAUGUGAUCUAUAAGAGGGCGGAUCCAAAUUUUAGAAUAAUUUCUGUUAGAGAGGACGCUUUUAAUACCUAUGCUACGGACAUCGUAUGUCUCAAUGCCGUUAUCAAUCCUUUUGUUUAUUUCUUCAGUGACCGGAAAUAUCGAAUUAUGAUUAAAUCUAUCUAUAAAAGGAAACAAAGAAUUUACGAUGGUUCAUUUAGAGUAAAAAAGUUUUAA